AUUCCCACCGUCCUACUCCCUUUUCCGAAAGCGAAAUAUUUGUGAACCUCUCCCUUUCCACGUAAACUUUCGGGAACUCGGAACACAGUAAAUACCGACUUUGUCUGAAGCCGAAGUUAUACAUGACUGCCCGCUGAAAAAGAGGUGCCCGUCGUUUUUCAACCACACUGGAUUACAGUUAUGUGAAAAAUAAGCAAAACUUCGAAAUGAGCAGAAACAAUCGAGGCAGCCUUUAACUUUUUCUUUUUGCUCGGAAGGACAGAACCGCUGGAGAGGACGGGGAUUCUUUUCCUUGACAUUGUUGAUGGAAAAAUAAAAUUCAAGCAUAAGAAAAGGGACUAAAACAAAGUCAGUUUGUGUUCGGAAAGAUCAAUAUUCCGUUGAGAACCUUCGUGUUGGAGAUAGUUGUAUUUAUUAGUUUUGGAUUUAUUUUUAUAUUGAAGGCGGCUUUUUUGUAUUGAAAUACAAAUACAUAACUAUGGCGAAGAAGUAUGACUUUUUAUUUAAACUGCUGUUAAUCGGAGAUAGCGGUGUUGGAAAAACUUGUUUGAUCAUCCGAUUCGCGGACGAUAACUUCAACUCCACUUACAUAUCCACUAUUGGCAUUGACUUUAAGGUUAAAACAAUAGAUGUAGAAGGAAAGAAAGUAAAACUUCAAAUCUGGGACACGGCAGGACAGGAGAGGUUCAAGACUAUUACUACAGCAUAUUACAGAGGAGCAAUGGGCAUUAUCCUGGUGUAUGACAUCACUGAUGAGAAGUCCUUUGAGAACAUUCAGAACUGGAUGAAGAGCAUCAAAGAGAAUGCAUCAUCAGGAGUCAAUCAGAUGUUGCUUGGCAACAAGUGUGACAUCGAAGCCAAAAGGAAGGUGUCCAAGGAAGCAGGAGAGAAGCUGGCGAAGGAUCAUGGAAUUCGAUUCUUCGAGACGAGUGCAAAGUCCAGCAUUAAUGUAGAGGAGUCUUUUAUCGGUUUGGCUCGAGACAUCCUGCUGAAGACAAGCAAGAAAUCGGGUCCCGCGGGUCGAGAAGUCAGACUGACCUCCACUGAGAAGAAAAAGGCGGCAUCGAAAUGUCUUCUGCUGUGAGCUGGCUGAGGGAUGAGGGGCCUGAGGAGCAGUAUUAUGGGGGCGGGGGGAGGUGGGGUGUAAAAUACGAUAGGGUAACACAGUGGAGCUGGAUACAUGGGAGUGGGAUAGACCAAGAUAAUAUACGGUGAUUGGGGACUGGGGUCGUACCGUACGGUACUGUAUCGCAAUACCUGCAUGGUCAGUCAAGUCACACAUGUAAACACACUGACUCACACACUUACAGACACACACGGGCUGCACCCUGACCUCGAGAAGAGGCACCAUCAUAGGCCAGAGCUGAACACACUGGUGGGGAUGUUCCUUCAGAGAGUCCUUCAGAAUGAUUUAAAUUCAUCCAAGGCAGUUUAGAUGAAAUAUAUUGAACUUUUGGUUUUGAGAAUGUUCUAAGAUGUAAAAACAGAUGGGUAGAGCAUGUGAGAGUGGGACAGAGUUACGUGAGAGAUGGAGAGGGAUAAAAAGAAACAGAACUGGAGCGAGAGGAGCGGUUUAUAGGUGGGUGACGGGCAGAUGCGCGGCUGGGGAACUCCGCUGCCAGUUCAGUGCUGCUCCAUUUCUGCUUCACACAGCUUUUCACACUUCAGCCCGUCUGCUUGGCUCUCAUCACUGUCAGUUUCGUCUUUCACUCUGUAAACCUCUUUCGCAUAUUAAAUAUCACCUGUAACCCUAUAUAGUUCACAGAUGUUUCUGCCAUAUUAUGUAUGAGCUGCUUUAAAUAUAUGAGAGUGUAAAAAUUGAAAUGCAAUAUAAAACAAAAUCAAGAAAAGCA